AUGUCGACUCUUAGGCUUGCGACAGCUUCCAACGUACGCGCUUUCCAGAUACUGACCGAAGCUCUCGACGCAAGCAACGGGAAGUGGUCACAAUGGAUUGAAAGCGAAACACUCGACGAUGAGGUCGGAAGAUUCAGAGUGUGGGCUGGCAAUCUGGGAGCGUUGCAGAAAGGCCACAGCUCGCUCGACUACAGACUGCGCGGAUCCCCCGUUUUAUUCAGUAGCGCCCUCAGACUACUGAAUGAGCUUGAGCAGAAUCUGAAUGAAACAUAUGCUAUCGUAUCUGAGGCGCGCCUGCCUUAUGAACAGCAAACGCCAUCGGAGGGUUCUGACGAUGAUAGCGACCGUGGCUCGUCCAGUGAGGAAGAGGCCGACGACUCUGACAGCGACGAGCCUAGGAGCGAGUUGCGGAUGAGAUAUGAAGAAAUCGUGGACAUCAUCGACAACCUCUACAAGCUCAGCGUCCGCAUCAGGACACCGACAGUACGCUCAAGAUCGCUCAAAGCCUCUGCCUACACGCCAGUGGAUCCAGAAACUGGUGUGGAUAUCCUCGGUGUGUACGCUGAACUGGAUCGAAAGCAUGUUCGAGAGCUACUCUCGCAGCUACGGAAGACACACCCUGCACAGAAUGAGGAAGAUCAGGACUUCUUGACUGAGCGGUUGAGCUCUUCUAUCACAUUGCGUAGGCGGCAUUUCAAGUAUUGGAAGCGUCGUAAGUUCGACAAGUAA